AUGUCGAAAUGGAAGGUCGGCUCUUUUUUACAGCAAGCCGUGGCUGGCGUCGAGUCCAGGCUGGACACCAUCUUGGCCGACAGCGACAGCGAGGCCGCGCAGAAUGGAGAUAAGACAGAGAAGCCCGCAGAGAAGCAGCCUGGUCUCCGGGCGGGCAUGGCGCCUCCUAGUCUUUCAAGAAGCUCCUCCUCAGCCAGAGUCAAUGACAGACUCCAGGAACGGCUUGCUCGCGCAAUGGUGAAGCAGUCCGGAGCUGGAGGGGUCACCAGUCCGCCAUCAUCAAUUGGCGUGCCCUCACGAACCUCCAGUCCACUCCCCGCAGAUGGCAGCAGAACGAGCAUUGAUAGCACCACUGGGAACAUAGAGAAGAUUACAGACGAUACAGCAUCAGAUAACAAAUCGGUUACUGGUUCAGUGCCACGCACUAGUAUUGAUGCUACUGUCCAAGAAAGAAGGUCAAAUGAGGUACUGUCUGGGGAACAGGGUGUAGCAGCAUCCAAGAACGCUGAUGAAAUGCCAGGCCCCUCAGAGUCUUCCAACAACGAUGAAGAUGUGAAUUCAGGUCAGAUUGCUCAAGUGGAUGGAGCUGAGUCCCGGUUAAAUCGUCUUGAAGACUAUGAGGCGGCGAUGGCUAAGCUGCAGGCCGAUCAUGAAGCAUCUGAAUUGCGAUGGCAAGAGGAGCUACACAACUACAUAGAAAAGAUUGAUGCUCUUCAAGCAAAGUUGAAGUAUCUAGCAAGCGAAGCAGCAGAGUCUGCUCGUAAUUCUACGGCCACUGCUGCUCCUGGCACUAUGGAGAAGAAGCUCUCUGAAAAGGAGGAGAAGAUUGCAGCUCUUAUGGAGGAAGGUCAAAAGUUGUCAAAAACCGAGCUCGAGCAUCGAUCAACUAUCAAGAAGCUUCGGCAGUACAUAGCGGAAAACACCAAAUCUCAGGCAGAUCUCAAAAAGAGGCUUGAGAAAAUGGAAAAAGAUCUAAAUCAAGCAAACGACCGUGCUAAACGAGCAGAGACAGCUGAGAAACGAGCCACUGCCAGCUUAAACAAACAGUCAAGUGCAGAGGAAGAUCUAGAAUCUACAAUUGCUGAGCGCAAUAUCUUGAAAGCUACUGUCUCUGACCUGAGCUACCAGCUAUCUAGAGCAUCUGCCAGAGCUGAAGCUGCUGAGAGAAAGGCUGAAGAAGAAACCGCAAAAGUAGAGAGCCGGCAGCUUACUGAGCUCAAGGAGGAGCUGUCCAGUGCGAAAGUGGAGCAUGAACUCAGUGAGGAGAAGCUACGUCGUGAGAUUCAAGAUCUUAAGGACAGCCUUAACCGAGAAAAGGAGCGCUCAAGGACCCAAGAAAUUGAACUUCGGGGAGAGCAAUCGGUCUUGGAGAGUAAGAUGGAAAGCCUACGAGCUCGUGCUGAGGAAGCUUCAUCGAGCGCUACUGGUGACGCGCAAGCCAAACUCCUACGGCAGGUAGAGACUUUACAGACGCAGUAUGCUGUAGCCAGUGACAACUGGCAUGGAAUAGAGACCUCUUUGCUCUCCCGCCUAGCCAGUGUGGAGAAAGAAAGGGAUGAUUUUGCUAAACGGGAAGGGGACAUGCGCCGGAAAGUCCGGGAAUCGGUUCUAAAAGUCAAACGAGCUGAAGGAGACUGUGAGAACUCCCGUGAACUUUCUCGUGAGCUUGAGCGGAACCUUGAAGAGAGUAAACACGAAGUGAAAAAGUUGCAGGCAAGACUCGAAAAGGUGGAGGAGGAACUACUUGCAGCACAGCAGGAUCUGUUGAAGCAGAAGGAGAUUCUGGAUGCUACCUGGGAACAGCGUCUCGAGGAUGAGAGAGCCAAAUGGCAGGAAGGCAUAGCAGCCUCUCCAUCGGUGCUUCAAGCUCGAGGGGAAUCUGCGACGCCGAGUCGACGAUCAGAUGUGUUAUCCUCUCUCUCUGAGAUCCCACAUAGCCGCAGGUCGUCUACUCUCCCUAAGCUGGAUACUCCUCCUAGGCAGAAUUCAUACUCGUCCUUGAACUCCAAUCCGCUCCUUCGUGGUACACCUGCCCAUGAUACCUCGUCUCCACUAGUUGACAAUGUCUCCGUCCAGACACUAGAACCUGACGAAUAUUUUAAUGGUUCUGUUACCCCAGCAACUCCCUCAGUACCGGGAACUCAUACUCAACACUCUCGUGGAGCUCAUGAUGUUGUUUCUGCGUCUACCGUUGCAGCUGGGCCAUCUGUACAGUUGGUGGAGAGGAUGAGUGCUACUGUCCGCCGGCUUGAAAGUGAACGUGCAGGCUUCAAAGAUGAAUUAGAACGUAUCACCUCCCAGCGAGACGAAGCAAGACGUGAAGUUGUUGAACUUAUGAAAGAAGUUGAAGAGAAGAGAGCUGGAGAUGAAGAAGUACGAAAGCUUGAAGAGCAGGUUCAACAACUGAACGAGAGAUAUCAGACUACUCUUGAAAUGCUUGGUGAAAAGAGCGAGCAAGUAGAAGAGUUAAAGGCGGAUAUCGCUGACCUAAAGGAUAUAUACCGCGACACACUCCAGAAACAUCUGCAGUCAUAG